UGGGUCUAUAGAUCACAAAAACAAUAAUUGCACAUAAAGAAUUUAUAUUAUCCAUUUAUAUAAGAACAUGGUUAACUGUUUGCCAGUGGUACUAGUUCUAGCUGCGUAUGCACAAGCCGCACCAGCUGUCAUGGAAUUAACGCUUCUGGAAGAAGGAAAAUUUCGAGAUAUCAUCGAUGGGGCACCAAAGCAUUUGGAGGCCAGUUCAGUCACGCAAGUUGGUGGACAGUACUACGCGAUAUUUGACAGCAAAGAAUAUGUGGGUGUGGUAUCUGAUAUACAGAAUGAAUCUUCACGAAAUUAUCUAGCGGGAAAGGAGGGCGACGAUAUAGGCUACGAAGGGCUGCAAUAUAUUUCCGAUGGGCAAUUCAUGGCUCUAAUUGAAGCUGAUGACAAGUAUGGCGUAAUAAACGAGUUUACGAUUAGCGGGGACGAAAAAUCCGCCGUGCGAACAUGCAAGCUUGAUUACAAACUGCCGAGCAAUAACAAAGGCUUUGAAGGUAUAUAUCUGGGUAGACUUAUCCCUGGGGAGCCCCAGUAUCUGUUUGCCCUCUGCGAAGGCAACUACUGUGAAAACGGAGAUACGGGAGAAACAUCGGGGAAUGGAAGAAUACAGGUCUUUGAGGUGUCGGCGACAGUCUUAGAAGGAGACGACGAUGAUGAUGGUGGUGGUGAUGAGUGUCUUUGGAAGCACGUUCAAGAAAUACAAAUCCCGCCUCAAGUGAGCUUCACAGACUACUCCGAUUUCGACUUCAACGGCACCCACAUCGCCAUCGUAUCUCAAGAAGAUUCGACGCUAUGGAUCGGAAGUGCUAGUGUCGUUGGCCCGAACAUGACCAUUUCAGAUGAUGGUGUGAUAUAUUCCUUUCCCAAAAACGAAGACGACGAUGUGAUCUAUUGCAACAUCGAAGGCGUGGUUAUGAAUGGGAACACUGUCGUUGUAGUGUCGGACAAGGCAAAGGGCGACCAGGACGAUGAGUGCGAAAUCGGUGAGAGUAGCAUACACCGAUUUCAGUUGUAGAAGGCGCUGACGUGGUAGUACAUACUGACCGCUAUGACUCUGGCUCUCGAAGCAAACGCUUACAGGCACCAAGGGCAUCAUAACCGCGAACUCGUCAAUAGAACACCCACUGGCGACUAUGUACAUACCAUCAUAUCUGUGACACAUAAAAAUAGCGGCUGUAUCACAUCCUGAUGGCGUUGUCUCGUACAGAUGAUAAUAGCACACAGUGGCGACUAUGACACGAAUUGACAGCAGAAAUUUAGUACUAUAUAGUCGAGCAGCUUAGCCGUACACCGGUGGUGAUGUCUCACUCUGAUAUAAUAAGCGGACUCUACACGUUUUAACAUACACUAACAGCCUAAAUACACGCUAAACAUGAAAUCACGUAAAUGAAGAAUAUACAGUACACCUUAAAUAUCUACACUGCCAUUGAAAGUUGUAGCGCGAUGACUGCCCCGAUAAUGAAACAGCGACCAUCAAGUAAAACUCAUACACCUCCAUCGCAGCAGCGAUAUUUAAAUAUUAAUAUAUAGAGCUUGAUAAUACAAUCAAAACCUGUACACCAAAUACGGUGAGACUUUUCGAUCACACAACAACCUUAGUCUGAAGCGCAGGCAUUGAACACACUAAUUGGAUAUAGAAGUAUAAUAGUUUGAAAAUGGAAACACAACAGGGAUUUAAUACUAUUGUAUAAAAUACAGAGGAAAAGUUGACAAAUC